AUGGCAACAGAAGCGUCGGAGGGAGGCGGGGCAUCUACUCCCGAUGCCGUCGCUGCCCACUACACCCCGCAAAACAUCUUGAUCACCGGUGGCGCGGGCUUCAUCGCUUCCCACCUCGUCAUACUUCUGGUGGAGAAGUACCCGCAGUACAACAUCGUCGUCUUCGACCGCUUGGACUACUGCGCGUGCCUGGAGAACUUGGACUGCAUCGCGCAGAAGCCCAACUACAAGUUCGUGAAGGGGAACAUCUGCUCGUCGGACAUGGUCACGUACGUCCUGCGGGAGGAGAAGAUCGACACGAUCCUGCACUUCGCGGCGCAGACCCACGUGGACAACUCCUUCGGGAACUCCUUCCAGUUCACCCAGAACAACAUCUACGGCACGCACGUCCUCCUCGAGAGCGCCAAGAAGGUGGGCAUCAAGCGAUUCGUGCACGUGUCCACCGAUGAGGUAUACGGCGAGGGCGAGCACGACCAGGAGCCAAUGUUCGAGGACAACGUCCUAGAGCCCACUAACCCUUACGCCGCCACCAAGGCCGGCGCGGAGUUCAUCGCGAAGGCGUACUUCAGGUCGUUCAACUUGCCGGUGAUCAUCACGCGAGGGAACAACGUGUACGGACCGCACCAGUACCCUGAGAAGCUCAUCCCCAAGUUCAUCAACCAGCUCAUGAGGGGCAAGAAGCUCACGAUCCACGGCACAGGGAGCAACAAGAGGAACUUUCUCCACGUGGCCGACGUCGCGACGGCCUUCGAGAAAAUCCUUCACGCGGGGGUGGAGGGAAGCAUCUACAACAUAGGGGGCACGAACGAGCACUCGGUCUUGAAAGUCGCCAGGGACCUCAUGAGGAUCUUCGAACUGCCUUCGGAAGAUGGGGACAAGGCCACCGAGUUUGGGGAUGACAGGGUUUUCAACGACCUGCGGUACACGAUCAACAGCGACAAACUCGCCGCGCUAGGGUGGAAGGAGGAGAAAACCUGGGAGCAGGGGCUGAAGGAGACGGUGGAGUGGGUACCGGACCAACAGCAGCCGCUUCGGAGACAAUCGAGCACUGCCUCGUGGCGCAUCCCCGCGCGGGGCUGGGACAGGAGGAGAGCUCCUCGGUGGUCUGACGGUGUGUUGUGUUGCAGAUUUUGCCCGCUCGUGUAGGACAAACGUGUUGGGUUGGCUGGGUAAAGAGGAGAGCUCGAUGGUGAUGUGUUGAGGUGCAGAUUUGGUCCGCUGUACGGGGGGGGGUGAUAUCUUGCGUAUGUCACCUACGAUUGCGGGGCUGGGCCAAGAGGAGGCUCUCGGUGGUCUAAUGAUAUGUCAAGCGGCAGAAAUGGCCGGCUAGACUCAAGGACAAAAAGUCAGCUAUUAAUAGUUAGCUCAUGAUAGGAUCAGGUUUUGUGUACGGACAGGAGAAUUGCUUUGCAGGAAACGCACCUCUGCGGUCGGUGAAUUCCACACCAUUUCCUUGCAAUAGUUUCUCCCGCUCAACGGCGCGGUGGCGGACGAAUUAGGACGCCGAGACCUUGACUCGAAUUGGCGUUUCUUAGCAACAGUAUUCUAGCCGGCGGACCGAAAUCUGUACACUAGCGUGGUAACGGGCAACACGGGGUGUCGAUUUGCACGCACCGGCGUCGGCGCGGCCACCCUCCGCGCACUGCGGCGUUGGGAGCACCGGUGCUUGGGUGGGCGUAGGCGGGAGGCUUUGAAACCUGCCAGCCGACAGCGCGACGCGACUGCUGCGGGUAACAAAUCAGCUGCUACUACCGGCUCUUGUCGACAAACGCCGCCGUUGCGUGCGGAGAUGCUAUCGGCCGUGGUAGCGCUGGCGUGUUCCGACCAUCAGCUGUUUUACCUGCGGACGACCGCCUUCGGCACGAAGCCGGGUGGUAGGCGGGAACAGAGGCCGUGGCCGUGUGUAGGGAGGCGCUAGGCCAGGCAGUGGCGUUCGAUUGGCGGUCAGCAUUCCCGAGGGAGGAGGAUAACUGCGGUUGCGUGACUUGUGCCACUGUGGU